GUAACUAUGGAUAGAAUUAUCAAAGGAAUCAUGAAAUAUAGAAAAUGCCACAGAGAAGGAAUGGUGAAACAAUUUGAAAAAGUCCGAGAUCAUCCUGAGCCAAAGGCAGUAUUCUUUACCUGCAUGGACUCCCGGAUGAUCCCAACUAGAUUUACGGAAACGAACGUUGGGGACAUGUUUGUUGUUAGAAAUGCUGGUAACGUUGUUCCUCACUCUCAGCAUUUUGUCGACGAACUGACAAUGUGCGAGCCGGCGGCCUUAGAACUCGGCUGCGUGGUAAAUAGCAUAAAGCAUGUUAUAGUUUGUGGACAUAGCGACUGCAAAGCUAUGAAUUUGCUGUACGCUUUACGGGACGAGGAAUUUGCGUCGAAGGUGAAUAGAAGGAUAUCACCGUUAAGAGCAUGGUUGUGUGCUCACGCUAGCAGCAGUUUAGCGAAGUUUCAACAGCUCGAAAUUACUGGCUUCCACCAGCCAAUACUUUUUCAAGCUGAGACACCGUUACGGAAGUUCGUAGCCUACAUCGAUCCCGAAAACAAAUUCUCUAUAGAGGACAAAUUGUCUCAAGUAAAUACUUUACAACAAUUGCAAAAUGUAGCGUCCUAUGGAUUUUUGAAGAAACGUCUGGAGAGGCAUGAUUUGCACAUUCACGCCCUCUGGUUCGACAUCUACACCGGUGAUAUUUACUAUUUUAGCAGGGGAAACAAGAGAUUCGUCGAGAUAAGCGAAUUAACAGAGACGCCAUUGCUCGCCGAAAUAAAGAAAUAUUAUUCCUGA